AAAAAAAAAUGUCCUUUGCAAAAGAUACAUAUCAAUAUGAUAACCAAUCUCCAACGGAUCAAUUUGGGCACGAUCCGGUUGCAGUGUCCGAUUUUUUGGGUCGAGUAAACUUAAACUCUGCACAAAUCAGAGAGAUAGCGGGUCUUGGUAAUAUCGAUUAUUUAAAGUUCGAUGAGCAGGGAGUUACACCAGGUGCACUUCCUAGCCGAGGAGUAAUGGACGAUCUAUGUUAUGGCACUGGAACAACAUAUUUGACCGGUCUAACUUUUGGUGGUACAUGGGGUCUGAUUGAAGGAUUACGUGGACAUACACCUAAUUUCAAAUUACGAUUAAACACGGUGCUUAAUUCUGUCACUAGACGUGGUCCUUAUAUUGGAAAUUCAUGUGGAAUCUUAGCAUCCGGUGCUUUAAUAGGCGCGAUUUUCAAGUCUACAGGUAAUUAG